AUGGACUGCCACGAGUCACUCAUGCAGCGGCGUCGCAAGAAAAAGACGGCCGCGAAGAAACCCAACAUUCAGUUGGACAAAUCUCUACCAUCGCUCCCGCCGAACGCCGAAGCUGAGGACCAUUUCGCGCGCGAGGCCGACAAACCGGCGCCGAAGCCCCAUGCUGACGUCUCUCCCGAUCCGUCGUCGCGUAAUCGUUCAGCAGACCAUCGAGCUCCGAGCAGAGGACGUGUUGAAGGUUCGCCCGUUCGGCAGCAGGAUCCCCAAGACAAUCUCAUUCUUCCCUCCAGCACCUAUCGCAACAACCGUCACUCGAUAAUAUCGACUAAAUCCGAUGCCGACGGAGGUGAAGAAUUCUUGAUCCCAGUCGCAUUCGAUCCGUCUGGGGAAGAACGUCCGUCUUCGCGGGGAGUGGCUCAGGACAGCGCUCCCCCGGUGCAACAACGGGACUUGCUCGAUAGUACCAGGUCGGCCGCGUCGUCGCGUCAGGUGUCAUCAUCAGAGAGGCAUGAGAGCCCGUCGCAGAAUCCAUCCCCCCACAUUGCAUACCAAGAAAAGGGCCGUCAGCCUGGGAAUAUCGACCCGACGCGCUGGCGACAGGACUCCAAAGGCUCUCAAGGCAAGGCGGAGAAUAAUGAUGCCUUCAAGCUGCAGGAUGCACCGAAGAGCAGGAAGGCGAGCGUUCAAGACAAGGAAGGCGCGUCUGCGUCGGCAACGAGCUCGCCUAAGGCGAAUGAUCCAUCGAAGACGCCUCAAGCUUCCUCUCAGAAGUCUGCUGCCCCGGUUGCCGGUGCGACGCCGUCGCGACCAUCCCAUGAGCUUCAGAGGCUCCAUGAGAAUGGGUCGACCGACUCGGCGCGGUCCUUGUCGUCUGCUCCCACGAUGCAGUUUCCUCCCAAGCGGGGAGACUCCCUUGAGCACUACAACCAGAUCCAGCGGAAGGAGGUUGGGUCUGCCGCGAAGUCUUCGUCUGCGAGUCCCAGCGAUGGCAGCAAGGACAAGUCUGCGGGCAAAGGCUCUGACUCCAAGGCCGCGGGUGACGCGACUUCCUCAUCUGCGAGUCACGCGGAUGCCGGCUCAGAGCAGCCCAAGGACGCCGUGCAAGACUCAUCAUCACGGCCUCGACCAUCCACCGAACAGAGCGACCAUACUCGCAAUGGGUCCGUAAGCACUAUGCAGUCCGAGUCCCAGCGACCGGCAGACCUGGGUUCAUCUCCAUCCUUGCUGCGGUUCAGCGGCGGCGGGGACUUCUCGAUGGACGAGGAUAUGGCUCGAAUCUGGGGAGAGCUCUCUUCGAACAACAAGGAGGGCAGCGAGUCGUUUUUGAAACGCGUGUCGAACUCGGUGCGCCAUGGGCGGAGCUUCAGUGACAAAGGCACGCGUCUUUCCAAGGAUUCCAAAUGGCCGAAGUCUCCUGUCAACGAUAUCAGCAGCCCAAGCACGAGCUCGCCCGAACAGCACGAGGAUAUCAGCUGGCUCCGGAGCGAGCUGCGGAGGGAGCGGCAGCGAGUUAUCGAGCGAGACCAGAAGAUCGCGGAGCUGGAGGCGGCGCUCAAUGCGACGGCGGCAGUGCAGCAGGCCAACAGCGAGCUGCGCGAGAAGCGGUCGACGAUGGUCGUGCUGGACACGCGGAAGGAGAUUGUGCUGCGCGAGUUGAGCGUGCUGACGGAGCAUCUGGAGGCAGAGAAGCAGGGGGGCGAGCCGCUGGACCUGAACAAGCUGACCAGCAACGUGCUGCGCGAGUUUGCCCAGUCGCUGCAGAAGCUCAAAGACGAGUUCCAGCCCCAAAUUGAGGAGCUUAUGCAGAAACGGCAUGAACUGGUCGAGGAGAUCGCCAACCUGUCGCGCAUGAAAGACAAGAGCUUCCAGGAGUUCGAGCAGCUGUCGUCCAAGAACGCGCAGCUGGCCGAGCUGAACAACCAGCUCGUCCACCAGAUCCAGGAGCUCUACAAAGCAAACUCGGGCGCGCCAGAGGCUGCUCGAGCUGCGAACGGACUUGGCAUCUUCCACAACAAAGAAAAGUCGGCCGGCUCGGUCGAAGCCAUCAAAGCCUCAACCAACGACCUUGCCACUUCCAUCUCAACCAUGACCAUCCAGCAGGACGAGGCAGAACCGGCCACGAUCGUGCCCGGCCCCCAGGUCGUCAGCAUCCGCAAGGGUCAGCCUCGCAAGUUCAACUGGAAGAAAGGCGGACAGAACGUGGCCAAGGGUGUCACCAAAGGCCUCAAGGGCGCUUUCUCAACCAGUGAAUCCAAGGAAUCCGUGCCCCAUAGCUCGAGUGCCUCCCAGGACAACGGCUCCUCGAUGCCACGAUCUCAGACUCAGGACCCAAGCCGUCAAGGAUUCGGGUUUUUCGGAAAUCAGAAGAAACAGGCGGCCUGGAAAACGCAGCAGAAUGGCAGCUCUCCUGCUCCGGCUGAGUCUGCGGCCCCAGCAGCUGCUGCAGCAGCUGCUGCUCCGGCUGCUGAUGGUCUCUUUGGCGUCGAGCUCGAACAACGUUUGGAACAGGAGAAAUGCAUCAUUCCUGCCAUCGUCACGCGUUGCAUCCAGGAAGUUGAACUACGAGGCAUGGACGUGGAAGGUAUCUACCGUAAGUCUGGUGCGAGCUCGGUCACCCAGGCGAUUCGAGACGGGUUUGAACGUUCCUCUCAUGACUUUGACAUCUCCGACCCCGAUCUCGAUAUUCAUGCCGUGACAUCGGCUCUGAAGCAGUAUUUCCGCAAGUUGCCAACCCCGUUGAUCACCUACGACGUCUAUGAGAAACUUCUCGACACCAUUGAAAUAACCCCUCAUUCUGCUCGCAUCGAAGCCGUGCGUCGCAGUUUGGAGGGACUGCCGCGUGUGCAUCGCGACGUGCUUGAAUUCUUGGUGUUCCAUCUCAAGCGUGUUGUUGAACACGAGAAGGAAAACCUCAUGAGCAGCCAGAAUAUUGCAGUGGUCUUCGCGCCUACCAUUAUGAGACCUGAAAGCAUCGCGCGUGAAAUGACUGACGUCCAGAAGAAGAAUGAAGCUUUGAAGUUCAUCGUGGAGAACUGUCAGGAAGUUUUCAUGUGA